AUGGUGAAAGCCUUCUUUGCUUCGGGGGAACUUGAUGAGAGGAUCAAUCAGACUAAUAUUUGUCUGAUACCAAAGACGGAGAGGCCAAUAUCAAUGUCUGAAUUCCGGCCUAUAAGCUUGUGCAACGUAAGCUAUAAGAUCAUCUCAAAAGUUCUAUCUACUCAACUGAAGAAAAUUCUCCCCAAGUUAAUUUCGGAAACACAAUCGACCUUUGUGGCUCGUAGACUCAUUACAGAUAAUAUCUUGAUCGCACAAGAGAUGUUCCACGCACUACGUACGAACCCGAGCUGCCAAAGCAAAUAUGUGGCGAUAAAGACAGAUAUGAGUAAAGCUUAUGAUCGUGUGGAAUGGAGUUUCCUGGAAGAACUAAUGGAAAGGAUGGGAUUCGACGGGAGAUGGAUCAAUAGGAUCAUGCGCUGUAUCUCGUCGGUCUCCUAUCAAGUCCUCAUCAACGGGGAAGCAAAAGGAAACAUCAUACCAUCUCGCGGACUGCGACAGGGUGACCCUCUGUCACCAUUUCUAUUUAUACUUUGCACAGAAGUGCUCAUCUCUCAGCUAACGAAUGCGGAACACGAAAAGAAGCUCACUGGCCUAAAGAUUGCACGAGCCAGCCCGCCAGUUUCGCACCUACUCUUUGCCGAUGACAGUCUGUUUUUUUGCAAGGCGGACCAGGGAGAAUGUAGUGAGCUGAUGAAAAUCAUUGACGUCUAUAGCAACGCCUCAGGACAACAACUGAACAAAUCAAAAUCUUCAGUUAUGUUCGGUUCUAAGGUAGUAGCGUCCUCAAAAAAUGACCUGAAAAGGUCACUAGCCAUAAAUCAAGAAGGUGGAAUGGGUAUGUAUCUCGGACUACCUGAAAAGAUAUGUGGCUCUAAGAAACAAGUUUUUAGCUACGUCCAGGAGCGAUUGAAUGAUCGCACAAACUCUUGGUCGACGAAAUUGCUAUCAAAAGGUGGUAAAGAGAUCCAGAUCAAAGCGGUCGCUCAAGCGGUACCAUCUUUCACCAUGUCCUGCUACCUCUUACCACAUGGAAUUACAAAGAAAUUAACGAGUGCAGUCUCGUGUUUCUGGUGGAGCACCAAGAUCAAUAAUAAGGGACUUCAUUGGGUAGCUUGGGAUAAAAUCUGUGUACCUAUGGACGAGAGCGGACUUGGUUUCCGUGACUUUCACGCGUUCAACCUUGCCUUACUAGCAAAACAGUUGUGGAGAUUACUUCAGUAUCCUCACUCUCUCUUAGCUCGAGUUCUAAAAGGUAGAUAUUACAGACACACAAACCCGAUGAAAGUGCAGAAAGCAAACAACCCAUCCUAUGGAUGGCGAAGCUUAUUAGCCUCAAAAGAAGUUCUUCAUAAGGGUCUCCGGAAGAAGAUAGGGAAUGGACAUACAACAAAAGUAUGGGAGGAGCCCUGGCUCCCAACGCAACCAGCGAGAGCACCACUUAGUAUUGACAAUGUCCGAGAUGAAGACUUCCGCGUUCACCAUCUCAUUGAUGCUCAGAAUCAGUCUUGGAAUCUAGAGAUACUAAACGCAGUCAUCACCGCGGAGGAUAUUCCCAGGAUUACAUCACUCCGGGUGAGCCGUACAGGUCGACAUGAUAGUUACUCCUGGGAUUUUACGAAGUCCGGAGUAUACUCGGUGCGAUCAAGCUACAAAAUAGCCCACGAGCUCCAUUCUGCGGCCAGCCCGAACGUGGUAACGGAACCUAGUACAACAGAACUAAAGAAAGCAAUAUGGAAGCUCAAAGCCCCACGAAAACUUAAACACUUUCUAUGGCAAGUUACAACAGGAUACCUAGCGACGGCAAAGCAAGUUAAAGAGAGACAUUGUGCCAAUGAAAGUAUAUGUGUUCGAUGCGGUGAUGAAAACGAAUCCAUCAAUCACACAAUAUUUGAGUGCCCACCGGCCCUACAAUGUUGGGCUCUAUCUGAUAUACCGUCUUCUCCGGGGCUGUUCCCGACCCGUAACGAGAAGAUCUUCAAAGACAAGGAUAUCACGCCGUUGGACUCACUGCAACUUGCGGUUAAAGAAGCAGAGAGCUGGACACUAGCGCAGAGAAUACCCGAAGACACGGAGGGUGAGAGGGAUGAACAACGAAGAGCACGACACAGUACUAGUAUACAAGAGCUUCCCGCAGCUAGAUGGAGAUGUCAAACUGAUGCAUCUUGGAUAAACGAAAGAGACAGAGUCGGGAUGGGCUUCGUACUGCAGGAGGACGACAUACCGAUUCUAUUUGGAACACAGGGACUAAGUGUCGCUGUAUCCCCACUCCACGCCGAAGCCGAAGGGCUACUGUGGGCGAUGCAGGAAGUGAUGAGGCAUGGAACCAGAGCGGUACGUUUUGAAUCUGAUUGUGAACAACUAAUCAAGCUGAUAAGGGAUGACGAAGAUUGGCCGUCAAUGGCAUCUGAAUUAGACGAGAUCAAAGUUUUUAUCGGCUGA